GGAAUGUUAACACUGGUGAGCUAGCAGCGAUUAAAGUAAUAAAACUAGAACCAGGGGAAGAUUUUGCUGUUGUGCAGCAGGAAAUCAUUAUGAUGAAAGACUGUAAACAUCCAAACAUUGUUGCUUAUUUUGGCAGCUAUCUCAGACGAGAUAAGCUAUGGAUUUGCAUGGAGUUCUGUGGAGGUGGUUCUUUACAGGACAUUUAUCAUGUUACUGGACCACUUUCAGAACAUCAGAUUGCCUAUGUUAGCAGAGAAACACUACAGGGAUUGUAUUAUCUUCAUAGUAAAGGAAAAAUGCACAGAGAUAUAAAGGGAGCAAAUAUUCUUUUAACGGAUAAUGGCCAUGUAAAAUUAGCCGAUUUUGGAGUCUCUGCACAGAUAACAGCUACAAUUGCCAAAAGGAAAUCUUUCAUUGGCACCCCAUAUUGGAUGGCUCCAGAAGUUGCUGCAGUUGAAAGGAAAGGUGGCUAUAACCAACUGUGUGAUCUUUGGGCAGUUGGAAUAACAGCUAUAGAACUUGCAGAACUUCAGCCUCCAAUGUUUGACUUGCAUCCAAUGAGAGCAUUGUUUUUAAUGACAAAAAGCAACUUUCAACCUCCAAAGCUAAAAGACAAAAUGAAAUGGUCAAAUACUUUCCAUCACUUUGUGAAAAUGGCACUUACAAAAAAUCCUAAAAAGAGACCUACAGCUGAAAAACUACUACAGCAUCCUUUUGUUACACAGCCUUUAAAUCGAACACUUGCUAUUGAACUUUUAGAUAAAAUGAAUAAUCCUGAUCACUCUACUUACCAUGAUUUUGACGAUGAUGAUCCUGAGCCUCUUCUUGUGCCUCAUAGAAUUCACUCAACGAGUAGAAAUGUGAGAGAAGAAAAAACACGUUCUGAAAUAAACUUUGGGCAAGUAAAGUUUGAUCCACCUUUAAGGAAAGAGACAGAGCCACAUCACGAAUUUCACGACUGUAGCGAUUUUUUGGACAAUUCAGAAGAAAUAUACUACACUGCAAGAUCUAACCUGGAUUUACAACUAGAAUAUGGUCAUGGCCCCCACAGUGGUUACUUCCUAGGUGCAAAUAAGAGUCUUCUAAAAUCAGUUGAAGAAGAACUGCAUCAGCGGGGACAUGUGGCACAUUUAGAAGAUGAUGAUGAUGAUGCAGAUGAUGACACUAAACACUCUACUAUGAAAGCCAAAGUGCCACCACCUUUACCACCAAAGCCUAAAUCCAUCUACAUACCACAUGAAACUCAUUCCUCUGAAGAAGAUAGUCAAGGAACAAUCAAGAGAUGCCCUGUCUCAGAAAGUCCAGGAAAGUCAGCAUCACAGGUUCCUCCUAGACCACCCCCUCCACGGCUACCUCCCCAGAAACCUUAUGCUUUAGGUAAUGGAGUGAAUUCUGCACAGUUAAAUGGUGACAGAGAGGCAUCCCCACGUCAACAGCAGAAUGAAAAUAGAGACACUAAUUUUUUAAGGAAAGAAAAGAAGGAAAUACUGAAACCAAUUAGUAAUGGUCUUCCUCCCACACCUAAAGUGCAUAUGGGUGCUUGCUUUUCAAAGGUUUUUAAUGGAUGCCCAUUAAAAAUUCAUUGUGCAACAUCAUGGAUAAAUCCAGAUACAAGAGAUCAGUACUUGAUAUUCGGUGCAGAGGAAGGGAUAUAUACCCUGAAUCUCAAUGAACUGCAUGAAACAUCAAUGGAACAGUUGUUUCCCCGAAGAUGCACGUGGUUGUAUGUAAUGAACAAUUGCUUGUUAUCAAUAUCUGGUAAAGCUUCUCAGCUUUAUUCACAUAAUUUACCAGGUCUCUUUGAUUAUGCACGACAAAUGCAAAAGUUACCUGUUGCUAUUCCAGCACACAAGCUUCCUGACAGAAUACUUCCCAGGAAAUUUGCCGUAUCUACUAAAAUUCCUGACACCAAAUGGUGUCAAAAAUGUUGUGUUGUGAGGAAUCCUUACACAGGCCAUAAAUACCUUUGUGGAGCACUACAGACUAGCAUUGUUUUGUUGGAAUGGGUUGAACCAAUGCAGAAGUUUAUGUUAAUCAAGCACAUCGAUUUUCCUGUACCUUGUCCACUAAGAUUGUUUGAAAUGCUGGUAGUACCUGAACAGGAGUUCCCUUUAGUUUGUGUUGGCGUCACUAGAGGGAGAGACUUCAACCAAGUGGUGAAGUUUGAGACUGUCAACCCAAAUUCUACCUCUUCGUGGUUUACAGAAACAGACACUACAGAAACAAGUGUGGUACAUGUAACACAGCUGGAGAGAGAUACCAUUUUGGUGUGUUUGGAUUGUUGUAUAAAAAUAGUAAAUCUGCAAGGCAGAUUAAAAUCUAGCCGAAAACUGUCAUCAGAGCUCACAUUUGAUUUCCAGAUCGAAUCAAUAGUCUGUCUACAAGACAGUGUGUUAGCUUUCUGGAAGCAUGGCAUGCAAGGAAGGAGUUUUAGGUCAAAUGAGAUCACACAGGAAAUUUCUGACAACACAAGGAUAUUCAGGCUACUUGGAUCUGACAGGGUUGUGGUAUUGGAAAGUAGGCCAACAGAUAAUCCAACAGCCAACAGCAAUUUAUACAUCCUGGCAGGUCAUGAAAACAGUUACUGAGAAUCAGGCAUGACAGAUGACUGUGAGAAGAAAACACUACUGCUGCAACCAUAAUGGAGGACUGAAAUUGCACAUGAGCUGCAGUAACCUGACUUCAGUUACUUUGUAAUUUAUUAUGGCAUGAGAGAAAGGUGAGAAUUUUGUUGAAGUAGUAUGGACACACUUAGCAUAUUAUACCACAGAAGUGCUUGAUUCACUGUUAUGUAAUCUUUGUACAUAUGCGGUAUUUUUCAGUGAAACAUUGAUGAAGACCUACACUGACUUUAUGUAGAUAAUGGUCCUUCUCUUACGUACAAGUGUCUUACCUGUACAGAUGUAAAGGCUGCCAAGGCUGCAAAAAUACAGUUGGGGUACUAUUUUAAGGACUUCUUGUGUGGUUAUUAUAAAAUGGGAUGCUAGCAAUGAGCAUAAUGCAUUUAAUAACACUAUUGUAUUUUAUUAUAUGUAAUUUACUAAUACAAAUAAAUCUUAAGUUUUAGACAUUGUAGCCAAGGCUGUAAAUGGAUUACAAUCUUGUUAAUUUUUAUGCAAGUACACUGGUCUUCAUGUUUGCACAAAGUAUUGAUCUGUGAUGUAUUUAGUCACAAAGGUAAGCUGUGACUUUGUGGAUAUGACUUGGGUUUCUAAGUACCUUUUUUAGUUUAUUUGGGUAGUUUUCUUUGUGAAACAAACCAAUUAAACACCUGUAUUUUUCUAUUUAAGUAAAAUUAUCUUAAAAUUACUUCUCUAUGCUUGAAAACCAAUACCUUCUGGAAUGGGUAUGAGUCCCAGAAUAGUGGUACCUUGCUGUAACACUCCAAUAGUUGUAUGAAUUAUUAGUAUAUACAGUGAUAAAAUUAGCAUUCUUCAGAGACUUCAGUAAACAUUUUCAUAUCAUGAUGAAGAACUGUAACAUUCCACAUUGUGGAAAUGGUUUGAAGAUCUUGUUACAUGUUGACUUUUUUUGGCCUUAUAACCAUUUUCACACUUUUCUUGAUUUUAGGACGUUAACACAUGGCCAAAAUCAUUUAGUUACUACCUCAUACAAACAAUAUAACCGUUGCUACACAUCACAGGAACUUAGUUUUGAUCAAAACUAUUUUUGAUUGAUAUUUUCCAAUGGAGUAUGUAAUUGCCAAGUUUUAGCAAAAUGCACAUAUUUGGCUCUUUUUUGUAUAUGUUCUUUAUAUUUUAUUGUGAUAAUACACACUAAGAACAAAACUAAAGUGGUUUAUGGUCUGCAUUAUUGUUGUGACUGGUAAUGCUUUUGAGUGUGUUCCCUAGUGUAUAUAAUGUAAAAUAAACAUUUUUUAACA